AAACAAUUAUAUAAAAUAUUAUCAAGUAAAUUAAUUAACAAUUAAUUAUAGUUUGUAAAGUUAUACAUUAAAGUUAUGGAUAUUUUAAAAGAUAAAACAUAUAAAUGCGGAGUCAGCUCAGUACUCAACAAAGACAUAAAAAGCUAUGGAAAAAAAUUUCUAUUUGAUGACAGUGAAGAGACAUGUUGGAACUCUGAUUCGGGAACACCACAGUGGAUAUUAAUAACAAUAGACGAACCAUGUACACUGUCAACAAUUUCAAUUGAAUUUCAAGGUGGUUUUGCAGGUAAAGAUUGUCAUCUAGAGGCAGGUACUGAUUCAAAAAAUAUGAAAAAAAUACAAGAUUUUUAUCCAAAUGAUAUAAACACAAUUCAAGAAUUUAAAUUAGAUAAACCCAUUGAAGGUUCAAUAUUUAAAAUUGUAUUUAAUUCAAGUACUGAUUUAUUUGGUAGAAUUAUUAUCUAUAAAUUAUCUAUGUAUUCAUGA